AUGAUGUUCAACGGCUUGUUGAUGUGCGGUGAUUCGGAUACCAGCGAUGUUACCAAAGAGAGCGGUGGGGGUGGGGGAGGGGGCGGGGGCUCGAGCGCGGCGGACGCGGACGAGCGCGCGCACUACUACCGCACCAAGCUGCUGUCCACGUUACAGGUGUUGCAGAACACAGAGGAGACCGUGCGCGUGCAGAGCGAGAGCCUGCGCGUGGCCGAGGCGCGCAUCGCCCGCCUCUCCGCGCGCGCCGCCCGCACGCGCGACCUGCAGCACGACCUGCAGCACGACCAACCGCCUGCACAGCUGCGUUCUCUGCAUCUCUCGGACAGAUGUGCGGCGGAGAGGACGGAUGCGUCGGUGUCGGCGGAAGCGCAGGAGUUGGAGAAACAAAAGGAAGUAGUUCGCUCCCUGCAGACAAAUCUGGCCAUCAUCGAGGAUCUAUACCAGGAGUGCUUCUAUGAGACGGCGAAACAGGAAGAGUUGAUAGAGAUUUUACGCAAGUCGUAUUUGAGUACGCGAGGUAACACGCAGUUUGUCUUCGAUGAGAAGCGUCAGGACACGCCGGUGGAGGAGGACAGCCUCAAAUUGGACACGUCCAACGAUGACUCGAUAACCAUCAAUAAUGAUAUCGUUAUGCAUGAAGCUAGAGGGUCAUAUUUUAAAACGGUGUAUAUUUUUUUACUACUGAUUAUAUAUGUCACAGCCAACUGGUUAAAUCAGCCGUUCAAUUGGGCGCGCCUAGUUUUCUAGUUAAAUCAUUAUAACAUUUGGACUGUUCAACAAGACGGCUGAUUUAAAAGCCAUUAAAACAUUAAUUUCCUUUUGUUAUUAUUAAGAACUGUCGGAUUUUUAUCUAUAUUGGUAUAAAGAAUUAGACAAAGUUCCCUGUAAUUUUGAUCUUAUUUAUGCUAAAUAAAUCAAUUGCCAGUUUGGGGAACACCUACAUUAUUUUUGAUUACAAUAGUUUAACCUUAGAAAGACUAAGAAACAGAAUAAAAGAAAGAGAGAUAUGAUAAUGUUAGUGAGCAAUGUUAUCGGUAGGGCGUGUGGGAGCGCGGCGGGUGCGGGGCGUGCGGGGCCGCGGCGGGCGACGCGCGGCGCAUCUCCGCGCAGCUGCAGCGCCUCCGCCACAUGCUCGCUGUCGAUUGUACGUGUGGAUUGGAAGAAGAAAACAUGAGACUGAAGAACGUCAACGAGAGUUUAAAAAUUCAAUUAGGUGAAGCACGGCAAAGGUUGGGUGAGCUGGAGACAACGUUGAAAGAGAAGGAAGAUCUCGAACAGUACAAGAGGAUGAUAGAAGAUAAAAAUAACGAAUUGGAAAACCUAAGAGCACAACUAGUUUUAAUGGAAGAGAGAAUCGCAGAGAAGGACGCAGCCUGUAAAUCCAUCUCCAGACAACUGCAAAAGGCUCAGGCAUCGUUAGAAGAUCACUCUGCACAGGAGAUGGCGCGUAUGCGAGAACUACUAGCGAACGACGCACAAAAAUCAGACCAGAUCCGUUCGGUGCGCGAGCAGUUAUCCCGCGCGCAGCAGGCGGCGGCGCACGAGCAGCAGCGGCUGCACGCGCAGCUGCAGCACGCGCACGCGCGCGGCCGCCGUCUGGAUGAUAAAAUAAAGGAACAAGAACGAUUAAUCGAAACGUUGCAACGUAGAUUAGAGAAUAGGCGAAUAGACAAUACGAAAACUGAUGAAGGUAUACUCGACGCUUGCUGCUCCGAGUGCGUCUCUGUCUGGUGGGGCAGGUGCCGUGCGUUCGAGAGCGAGACGGCCAGCUGUUCCAAAUACGCGUCUCACGUUGGAGAGAGACGUGCACGAGUCUCGAGAACGAGUGGGAGUGAGAUGACGAGUCCGUCGUCGGCUCCCACGCCGCCCCAAAGAUUAAAGAAGAAGACCGCGUUCCCGUGCGUCGGUGCGAAUGACUUUGAACCCAAUUUCCUUAGGUUUGAUUUGCCCCAGGAUCUGCCAAACAGAAAAAGCGGCAGUCCAUAUAUCGACCUGAACCGCACUAGAAAGUAUUUUUAG